ACGCGUAGCCGGCGCGGCCAAUCGGCGUCCCGGAAGGAGCUCGUUUCGGCGUCUGAGCCAGUGAAUGACAGCAGCGCCGCCCGCCGGUCGCGGCCGCGGCCCCGCCGGUGUCCCGAGCCUCCUGUCAGCGCGCCCCUCAGCUAGGCGAGCGGCGUGCGUCCCCGCGUGUCCGUGGCCCGGCGGGCUCUCCCCGGCCCCUGCCCCGCUGUCCCUCCGCUGCCGGCGCCAUGGGCAGCGAGCAGAGCGCGGAGGCCGAGAGCCGCCCCGGCGAUCUGAACGCCUCAGUGACCCCAUCUCCAGCGAAACAUCGGGCCAAGAUGGAUGAUAUCGUGGUUGUAGCUCAGGGCUCUCAGGCCUCCAGAAAUGUCAGCAAUGAUCCUGAUGUCAUCAAGCUGCAAGAGAUCCCAACCUUCCAGCCCCUUUUAAAAGGGCUCUUGAGUGGACAGACGUCCCCAACAAAUGCCAAACUGGAGAAGCUGGACUCUCAGCAGGUGUUGCAGCUCUGCCUACGGUACCAAGAUCACCUGCACCAGUGUGCAGAAGCAGUUGCUUUUGAUCAGAAUGCUCUAGUCAAGCGAAUCAAAGAGAUGGAUCUGUCCGUGGAAACCCUCUUUUGCUUCAUGCAGGAGCGCCAGAAAAGAUACGCCAAGUAUGCAGAGCAGAUCCAGAAGGUUAACGAGAUGUCGGCCAUACUGCGCCGCAUCCAGAUGGGCAUCGACCAGACGGUGCCACUGAUGGAGAGGCUGAACAGCAUGCUGCCCGAGACUGAGCGCCUGGAGCCCUUCAGCAUGCGGCCUGAGCGGGAGCGGCACUAGCAGGCACCUGCCCCCCUGGCCGCAGCUCCUCCAGCCUCGCCGGGCCCUAGUGUUUGCUUAGAUGCGGUUGACCGACACCCGACUUUCCCAGGUGGUCGUUCUUGAUUCCCGAAGUUGGGACAGCUGAAUUCCUAUGAGUUCUUUAAAGAACAUUGCCUCCAGAGUUAUUUUUAUUUUGCUCAGAUUUUUUAAUUAAAAGUGUAUAUAGACUAGCUCCUGCAAUGAAACUGGAGAAAGCGUUAAGAAACUGUGUUCUCCUUGGCACCCGGGAGACUCCUGCUUCUCUGGGUUGUGGUCGUAAAUAUAAGAUCUAAGUCUAGUUUCUGUCCCCACGACAGCUGCCAUCACAUCAGGGAGCUGUCUGGCAGUGUCCUUUCCCCCUCCCGGAACACUGCCUGUUUCCAGGUACCUGCCCCUCCUGUGGGCCGCUGGAAACUGAAGGCGCCCUUCACCCACUCAUGAAGUUGUCGUCUGUUAGAGCUGCUCUCCCAUACGGAGUUCAGCCUUCUGUGACCGCGGGCAGACCUCGGCCUCCAUAACAAGGUCUGCACCAACAUCUGAUCGUACCCAGAGACCCGCUGAGCUCCGCUGAUGCUCCAGGGACAUGUUGGGCUACCUAGCCUCUGCCUUCCACUGUCUGCUGUGGAUCAUGAAGGUGAGAAAAGAACUUCUGCCCAUCUUAGGAGUUCAAGGAAGAAAGGCCAAGGGAAGGAGGAGUGGAAUGAAUGCGGGACAGGCCUGAAGAGAAGAGCUGGGGUCUGGAGAGAUGGGGCUGGAGCCUGCAGCCACUACCUUGCUCCCUGUAUUCCUCCAGGACCCAGAGUAUCAGGAGCCAGAAGAGCCUUCAGUGUUUUUAUAAGAUUAAAAUUAAUCUGCUUAAUUUAUUGUGUAACAGCUAAACUUGAUCUGAUUGUAAUCUUUUUUAUUUUUAAUUUUAUUAUUAUUGUGAUUGUAUAUAUGAUGUGUUGUGUAUGGAUUGUCACAGUGCAUGCUUGGAGGUCAGAAGACAAAUUUGUGGAGCUCUCCUUCCACCUUUAUGUGGGCUCUGGGGAUCGAACUCAGGUCUCUUGGCUUGCAUGACAAGCAUCUUUACUCAAUGAGCCAUCUAACCAGGCCCACAAAAAUCCUGGUUCUUGAUCAGAUACUAAUUUAUAAUGUUUUUAAAACCCCAACUAAAAUGUAGGGCAUAAGACAGUUGAAUGGCAGAGGAAGCAUGAUUGUAUACUUGUAGCUGGCCUGGAAUUCACUCCUAGGCCAGGCUGAGCUUGUGGCCACUUCCUGCCUCUGUGUCCAUAGUGCCAAGGUUACAGACUUCACCAUUCCCAGUAUGUCUAGUAUGUUCCAGAUGACUGAAUACAUAAAGAUUGUCCAUUUGUUUGGAGCUGGAAGAACCCAGACAGGACCUACCACUUCCAGGGUAGCCUCUGGGUCGUAGUCUGGAAGGGGCUGAUGUCUUCAUCCCUCAUGUGGAAGGAGGUGAGGUGGGCUGAGAGAGCUUUGGGGAGCUGCAGCAGCGAGCUGGGUGUUGAGCCCCCAGUGAAGGUGGUCUGUACAUAUUUCUUCUCAUGACUGGAGCUUUAGCCAUUUCUAGAGCAAUUCCCAGGAGUUACAAUGUAAAGCAGAUGUUCUGUAGCAUAAAUCCUACUAAAUACCCUGAGAUGGUUCUAGAGCGUGCCCUGGGUGAAGGAAUGGCAGCCUGCAUCGAAUAAUCCCGCCAGUGUUUCCAGUGCUUUGCCUUCUGUCUCCUGGGCAUGCUCAGAUGUCAGAUAACUGAGACUGGAGUUCCAAACUAAGUUUGCUCUUUUUCCACUGAUCUUUUCUCCCAUAGCGUUUCAUUCUAUUUUUGAUUUUUUCAUACUGCUUUAAUAUUAUUUCCACAAAGCAUUUUAAUAUGUGAUGUAGCUAAAUGAAGCCCGAGUUGUCCUCAGAAAUAGUUUUUUCCUUUUCUCAAAGUUUCAGAUGGGCAGAAAGCUGCAGAGUCCUGCAGGAGGUGCACAUGGACUGGGGGCUUCUUCUCAGUCACCUCCACCAUUGUUUUUCCCUGAGUUUCUGGAAUAUUUAGAACCCAGCUCUAUGCAGAGAUUCUCCUAAGCCUUCAAAGAAAGAAGGGCUAAUCGUUCGGAGCUGUGUGUACAGUGCAGGCUUCCGUUGCUGCCAUCAAUUUGACUUUGCGUAGUGAACCCUGAAGUGCAGCGCAGACUCAGCCCGAGGGCUGCGCGCUCCGGCCAUCUCCUCAUUUCAUGGCAGAAGGGUCGGGGAUGAAAGAAGCUGCAGCAGCCAGCUCACUUUCUUCAAGAAAUUAGGGCGAGGCUAGAGCUUGUGUUGGGGAUCCUCCUAGUUUAACGUGUUGCUGUGGGGUGGGGAAGGUGGUGUGAGCUUGGCUAAGCUGAACUAUUUUCUUUUUUUUUUCUUUUUUUUUUUUUUUUUGGUUUUUCGAGACAGAGUUUCUCUGUGGUUUUGGAGCCUGUCCUGGAACUAGCUCUUGUAGACCAGGCUGGUCUCGAACUCACAGAGAUCCGCCUGCCUCUGCCUCCCGAGUGCUGGGAUUAAAGGCAUGCGCCACCACCGCCCGGCGCUGAACUAUUUUCUAGAAGCCCCUUCUGGUCUCCUUUAGGGUGAGGCUGGCCACCAGCAAAGUUCCGUGAGAUUUGGAAGAGGGUGCCCCCUUCCGUCUUCUACACGGCUACUGGGAUCUGCUCCAGCCCGGGGAGUGUUGGCUUCUUCAGAGCAUCCUUGCACCUGGAUGAAAGCUCCUGUGUGAGGAGAAGCUGCCGAGGGUUUCUGGGGUCCUUUUCCAAGUUAAUCUGGGAAGGCGAGUGAUGUAUCAAAACAUCCUCAUGCUAUGUCUCUUGGAUGACUGCUAUCCUAUGUGGCCAGUACAGGUUUUUGUGGAAAUGAAGAAAUAGCCUGGAGUUGUCAGAGAGCCCUGGAUGGAAGUUUAAUUUUUUGGUAAGCCAUUUUUAUUUCCCUGAGCCUCAAUACUAUAGUUUGGAGCUAAUGUCCCUCAAAGGUCCAUGAAUGCGAAAAGCCCAGUCAGUCCCCAGAAAAUGGUGCUGUUGGGAAGAGGGGGACCUAGGAGAUGGGGCCUGGUGGAAGGAAGUCUGGUCAUUGGCAAGCAUGCCCUUGAGAGAACAAUCUCUCACUUCCCAUCCACUGUGAAGUCUAUGAUACUUGACUCUAGUUGUUUGUUUUGGUUCUUGAGAUAGAGUUUCACGGAAGCCACGCUGCUGGCCUUGAACUCGCUAUGUAGCUGAGGAUCUCAACUUUCUGAUGGUCCAGUCUGAUGGGGGAUAGUCUUCUGUUUUGUGUUAAUUUCAUUGGUUAAAUAAAGAGACUGCCUUGGCCCUUUAAUAGCACAGAAAAUUAGGUAGGCGGAGUAGACAGAACAGAAUUCUGGAAAAAGCAGAUUCAGAGA